AUGGCCGAUGUCGAGCCAAGCAGCCCUAGUGCUGCCAACUUUGCGGAAACGCUGCAGUACCGCGCAACACAGUCCCGCAGAGCACGACCGCCCGCCGUUGAACCCGCCACAGCAGAUUCGUCGAACCGUGUACCUUUGCGCUCCGAGAACAGGCUCAGCAGACGCGAUUCGAGACUGGGACUGAGGAGCAUCUUUGGCAGGUCAAAGGCGUCCCGCGAAAUCGACCCCUCAGCCUCGUACUUUGACACGGGUCGUCCUAAUAGCAUCCGCGCCUCGCUGGCCGAAAUCAGCAACUGGCCGUAUAUGCGAUCCGAAAUCGCCAUAUCCGGCACAAACUCAUCACGACCGACAUCCGUCGCCACCAACAAUGUGCCGUUCAACGACGCUUCUCUCCAGAGACGGCCCACCACUACCGAAAGGACCAAGCCACAAAACGCCCCCGCGAGGUCAUCUCGCGGCACCCUCGCGACCUGGGACCCCCCACCACUGUUCCAGGCAUACCCCCAAGCCAUCAAACACGCCCAGCUUCCCACGGCCACGACAUCCGCCGAUGUGAUCCUGCGUCUCACCGACCGCAAGGGCAGCGUCAGCAUCCGAGAGGACCUGGCCCACCUCGCCCUCACCCCGGAGCUUGCUGAGGAGCAGCUCGCCGACAGAGCUGUCGAGAAGGCGCGGAGGAAGCACCUGCGAACGCUGUCCACGGCCAGGCUCGAAUGGACCUCCAAAAUUUACGUCCUCUGCACGUCCGGAUACCUGCUCCAGUACAACGGCGACGGCAACUUUGAUCGCCUCCCGGAGAAGGUGCUGCACCUCAGCAAGGACUCGGCCGCGUUCGUCAGCGAUGCAAUUCCCGGCAAGCACUGGGUUCUUCAAGUUUCCUCGGCCAUGGAGUCGAACGGUGUCUCUUCGGCGGACUCGCGCGGGUUGCUAUCCCGCCUGCCUUUCCGCGCCGCCGACAAGCGACACGCCGCCAACUUCCUCAUGGUAUUCGAGAGCGCCGAGGAGAUGGAGUCCUGGAUCGCAAUCCUGCGACGGGAGAUCGAGUCGCUCGGCGGGAAGAAGACCCUCUCAGAGACGGGCAGGCCCAAGGCGGAUCCCAAGAUUGUACAGCUUCGCGGGCAGCCGAGUCAAAGGACCCUGGUUGUACGGGAUCCUGAUAGGUUCUCGCGAGCGCUGCCCCCAGACUUUUCUCUGCAACUGGAGCAGGCCAGACUUCACGAGGACGACCGCCGCCAGUCCAUCAUCGAUGCGGAGAUGACGCGCGACCCCUCCAUUGACGACAUCUCCACCACCAACAGUAUCAUCUCCCACGACGGCCGGCAGCUCGAGAGCCUGCGUGACAGCACCAACCGGCUUUCAUACAUCUCAUCUGGUCAACGCACCUUUCUCACCUCGGCCGGCUCGUCGCCCGCGUGCUCACCCGUGCGCGACAGCUUCGCCAGCAGCCACCUAGACGACCUCCCUCCUGCAGAGCAUGACUUGCCCGCUGCGAGACCCAGGCCCAACGCCGCGGCCAUCCUCGAUCGCAGACAGUCCCUGCAGACGUCGGGCUACCUGGAGCUGCGCGGCUCUCCCAUGUCGCGACCCCAGUCGACGUACACCGAGGCCGACUUCGCGCAUGUGGCCGCCAACUUUAGCGUUCCCAUGAGCAGGCGCUACAGCGCUGUCAAGAGCCCCUCGUCGAGCCCCGAGCAGACGAGGAGCAACCGCGACUCCAUCUCUAGGAUCGCUCGUAAGCCCCCGCCGACGGCACUUGCCAUGGCCCGCCCGUUGUCGAUCGUGGCGGAUCAGCCAUCACCGGCGUCUCCGGCGCAGGCCCCCGAACUCUCGCAAGUGUGCGAAGAAGAACGGGAGCGCCCGAACCUGAGCCGCGAUAGCAUGGCCGGGUUCCCUCCCCGGCAAACCAGCCUUUGUCCCAAGGAGCAGGCUGUCACGGUCACCAUCCGUACCAGCCCGCGAAAGUACGCCAGCUCACCGUCUCUGAACCAGCAGGGGUCGCCUCUGUCGCCUGGACUCCGGACAUUCAUCCUCCCAUCAAAGACGCCGUCUCCGGCCUCGUCGAGCGGAGCCUCGCACACGUCUCCCCGCCCGCAGUCGUCGUUUGUGUUCCAGUCUCCGGCUCAGAGGGCCACUCAGAGACUCAGCGCACACUCUGUCAUGAGCUACUCGCCAUGGAGCGAGGAUGUAGCCACUGGGCUCCCGAUGCUCCCCGAGUCCGACUCCGUGUCGCCUCGGUCCAUGCCGCGGGCCCCGACAACACCUCCUACUCCGUCGAGCAAGCAGCUCCGAGUUGACCACUCCAAGGUCGUCCUGGGAAGACGCAGCAUGCCUCAGCUCGUCGAAGGACCUCCGCCGGCACCGCCGCCGAGCUGUGCGCUACCGCCCAUCCCUCAAAAGGCACGCUCCCACUCCAAAGCGUGA